AUGAAAUCUUGCUCUGAUGAUGUCCGUCAUAGUACAGGCAAAAGAUUAGCACAGUUUCAUCGUGGUCGAAGGACAGUCAGCCGAGGACUUCUUCGGACAAUUCAACAGUCUUCCUUACGCGACAAUCCUCCAUCGGUUUCCGGUGAGACCACAUCACGAAUUUGGUCGACAGAAACCAAUGAGCAAAUCGGGGCACUUUUCGGUCACAACGACGGAGUUACUUGUGUUGCAAUCAGUGAAUCAACUGUCGUCUCUGGCUCUUACGAUAAAACAGUUAUCCUCUACGACUUCGACAUCAAUUAG